GCGGGAGGCGGGGAGCCCCCGGAGCCCGGCGGGCGUCCCGGGCUGGGGCCGCGGGGCUUCGCCCCUCAGAAGGAGAUCGUGUACAACAAGCUGCUGCCCUACGCCGAGCGGCUGGACGCAGAGUCCGACUUGCAACUGGCCCAGAUCAAGAGCAACCUGGGCCGGGCCGUGCAGCUCCAAGAGCUGUGGCCGGGGGGCCUCUUCUGGACCAGGAAACUCUCUACGUAUAUUCGACUUUAUGGGAGAAAAUUUAGCAAAGAAGAUCAUGUUCUUUUUAUUAAGUUAUUGUAUGAGCUGGUAUCAAUUCCAAAACUGGAAAUCAGCAUGAUGCAGGGAUUUGCCCGUCUCUUGAUCAAUUUAUUAAAGAAAAAGGAGCUUCUUUCAAGAGAUGAUUUGGAGUUACCUUGGAGACCACUUUAUGACAUGGUAGAAAGAAUAUUAUAUUCCAAGACAGAGCACCUGGGAUUAAAUUGGUUUCCUAAUUCUGUAGAAAAUGUUCUCAAAACACUCGUGAAAAGCUGCCGACCAUAUUUUCCAGCAGAUGCAACAGCAGAAAUGCUAGAAGAAUGGCGACCUUUAAUGUGCCCUUUUGAUGUGACAAUGCAAAAGGCCAUCACUUAUUUUGAAAUAUUUCUUCCUACCUCCCUUCCUCCAGAGCUUCAUCAUAAAGGUUUUAAACUUUGGUUUGAUGAAUUAAUUGGCCUUUGGGUUUCAGUGCAAAAUCUCCCACAGUGGGAGGGGUCAAUAACUAAUAUAAAACACCUAGGUUAUUUUAAGGAUUUUGAUAUGUCAAUUUUUUUCUUACCUUUUUUUUUUUUUUCCUUCUCACAGAUAUUUACAAGGAUUCUAAGAAGCCUGAACCUACCAGUGGGAAGCAGUCAAGUGUUAGUCCCAAGAUUUUUAACAAAUGCUUAUGAUAUAGGACAUGCUGUAAUAUGGAUUACUGCCAUGAUGGGUGGACCAAGUAAGCUAGUGCAAAAACACUUAGCUGGUUUGUUUAACAGCAUCACAUCUUUUUAUCAUCCUUCAAAUAAUGGGCGCUGGCUGAACAAGUUAAUGAAACUACUUCAGAGAUUGCCAAACAGUGUUGUUAGAAGAUUACAUCGUGAAAGAUACAAGAAGCCCUCUUGGUUAACUCCUGUGCCUGAUAGCCAUAAACUUACUGAUCAAGAUGUUACAGACUUUGUACAAUGCAUUAUUCAGCCUGUUCUCUUGGCUAUGUUUAGCAAAACUGGUAGUCUAGAAGCAGCCCAAGCGCUGCAGAAUCUUGCACUCAUGAGACCUGAGCUGGUAAUACCCCCUGUACUUGAAAGUCUUACAAGCAGAAUCUCGGAGUCAAAAAUCACAUUCCAGUUUAUAGCAACAUUUUCUACUCUGGUGCCUUUAGUAGAUUGUUCAUGUGUACUUCAAGAAAGAAAUGACCUCACAGAAGUGGAAAGAGAACUUUGUUCUGCCACAGCUGAAUUUGAGGAUUUUGUCUUACAGUUUAUGGACAGAUGCUUUGGUCUUAUAGAAAGUAGCACAUUGGAACAAACAAGAGAAGAGACAGAAACUGAGAAAAUGACUCACUUGGAGAGUUUGGUUGAAUUAGGACUAUCUUCUACGUUUAGUACAAUCCUCACACAAUGUUCCAAAGAAAUAUUUAUGGUGGCCCUUCAGAAGGUUUUUAAUUUUUCUAUUUCACAUAUAUUUGAAACAAGAGUUGCAGGCCGUAUGGUGGCAGACAUGUGCCGAGCUGCUGUAAAGUGCUGCCCUGAAGAAUCUUUGAAGUUAUUUGUUCCCCACUGCUGCAGUGUUAUAACUCAGCUUACAAUGAAUGAUGAUGUGUUGAAUGAAGAAGAACUAGACAAGGAGUUACUAUGGAAUCUACAGCUUUUAUCUGAGAUUACUCGAGUGGACGGGAAGAAGUUGCUUCUUUAUAGGGAGCAGCUUGUAAAGAUUCUGCAAAGAACCCUGCAUUUAACUUGUAAGCAGGGUUACACUCUGUCUUGUAACCUUUUACAUCAUCUUCUUCGUUCUACUACACUUAUCUACCCUACAGAAUACUGCAGUGUACCAGGUGGCUUUGACAAGCCCCCUUCUACAUACUUUCCUAUCAAGGACUGGGGUAAACCAGGAGACUUGUGGAACCUGGGAAUCCAGUGGCAUGUUCCUUCUACAGGGGAAGUGUCUUUUGCUUUCUAUUUGUUGGACUCCUUUCUCCAGCCUGAGCUCAUCAAACUCCAGCGUUGUGGUGAUGGGGAGCUUGAAAUGUCUAGAGAUGAUAUUCUUCAGAGUCUGACUAUAGUGCACAACUGUUUAAUUGGCUCAGGAAACCUCCUACCUCCAUUGAAAGGAGAACCAGUUACUAACCUGGUACCAAGUAUGGUGUCCUUGGAGGAAACAAAAUUGUAUACUGGGCUUGAAUAUGAUACAUCCAGAGAGAACCACCGGGAAGUAAUUGCUAGGGUCAUAAGGAAGCUUCUUAAUCAUAUACUUGACAAUUCAGAAGAUGAUACCAAGUCAUUGUUUCUUAUCAUAAAGAUUAUUGGAGACCUUUUGCAAUUCCAAGGAUCUCAUAAGCAUGAAUUUGACUCCCGGUGGAAAAGUUUUAACUUAGUAAAGAAAUCAAUGGAAAAUCGGCUCCAUGGGAAAAAGCAGCAUAUCAGAGCACUAUUGAUUGACAGAGUAAUGUUACAGCAUGAGCUACGUACACUAACUGUUGAAGGUUGUGAAUAUAAAAGAGUUCAUCAAGAUAUGAUCAGAGAUCUUCUUCGAUUAUCUACCAGUUCAUACAGUCAGGUCAGAAAUAAGGCUCAGCAAACUUUUUUUGCUGCCUUGGGAGCGUAUAACUUCUGUUGUAGAGAUAUCAUUCCCUUGGUUUUGGAGUUCUUACGGCCGGGUAGACAAGAUGUCACACAACAACAAUUCAAGGGUGCCUUGUAUUGUCUCCUUGGAAAUCACAGUGGAGUGUGCUUGGCAAACCUUCAUGAUUGGGACUGUAUUGUGCAGACUUGGCCAGCAAUUGUUUCUUCAGGGCUUAGCCAAGCAAUGUCUUUGGAAAAGCCAUCAAUAGUGAGGCUGUUUGAUGACCUUGCAGAAAAGAUUCAUAGGCAAUAUGAAACAAUUGGCUUGGACUUUACAAUUCCAAAGUCAUGUGUUGAAAUAGCGAAACUACUUCAACAGUCAAAACAUCCUUCGGUUAACCAGACAUUUCUCAGCCCAGAAACAAUUCAAGAAGGACUUAAACGCCAGCAAGAAAAGAAUGCUGAUGCCCUAAGGAACUAUGAAAAUCUGGUAAAUGCUUUGCUGGAUGGUGUGGAGCAAAGAAAUCUGCCUUGGAAAUUUGAGCAUAUAGGCAUUGGACUCCUGUCUCUACUUUUAAGAGAUGAUCGAGUGUUACCUCUUCGUGCCAUACGAUUUUUUGUUGAGAAUCUCAACCAUGAUGCAAUUGUAGUUCGAAAGAUGGCUAUCUCAGCUGUUGCUGGUAUUCUCAAGCAGCUAAAGAGAACCCACAAAAAGCUGACCAUCAACCCUUAUGAAAUCAGUGGAUAUCCUAAACCCACACAAAUUCUUGCUGGCGAUAGGCCUGAUAAUCAUUGGUUACAUUAUGAUAGCAAAAGUAUACCAAGAACUAAAAAAGAAUGGGAGUCAAGUUAUUUUGUUGAAAAAACUCACUGGGGAUACUAUACCUGGCCAAAGAAUAUGGUUGUUUAUGCUGGUGUGGAAGAGCAACCUAAGCUUGGCCGAAGCAGGGAGGAUAUGACAGAGGUGGAGAAGCUUUGGGAGCUUCUGUGCCCACUUCUUAGAACGGCUCUGUCCAACAUUACAGUAGAAACUUACAAUGACUGGGGAACUUGUAUAGCAACAUCCUGUGAAAGCAGAGAUCCCCGGAAACUUCACUGGCUUUUUGAGCUGUUACUAGAAUCACCAUUGAGUGGUGAAGGAGGAUCCUUUGUAGAUGCAUGCCGACUCUAUGUGCUGCAAGGCGGCCUUGCCCAGCAAGAAUGGAGAGUGCCUGAGCUACUGCAUAGACUACUGAAGUACUUGGAACCCAAACUCACACAGGUUUACAAAAAUGUCAGGGAAAGAAUAGGGAGUGUGCUGACCUACAUAUUUAUGAUAGAUGUUUCUUUGCCAAAUACUGCGCCAACAACAUCCCCUUGCAUCCCUGAGUUUACUGCUCGAAUUCUAGAGAAAUUAAAACCCCUCAUGGAUGUGGAUGAAGAAAUUCAGAACCAUGUUAUGGAAGAAAAUGGAAUUGGUGAAGAAGAUGAACGAACUCAGGGCAUUAAACUCUUAAAAACCAUAUUGAAAUGGCUUAUGGCGAGUGCAGGAAGAUCCUUUUCUACAGCAGUCACAGAACAGCUUCAGCUUCUGCCUUUGUUUUUUAAGAUUGCCCCAGUGGAGAAUGACAAUAGCUAUGAUGAACUGAAAAGAGACGCAAAGCUCUGUUUGUCAUUAAUGUCUCAGGGGUUGCUUUACCCUCAUCAAGUGCCUUUGGUACUUAAGGUGCUAAAUCAAAUAGCAAGAAGCAGUUCUUGGCAUGCGAGAUACACAGUACUGACCUACCUCCAGACCAUGGUAUUUUAUAACCUCUUUAUUUUCCUAAAUAAUGAAGAUGCAGUCAGAGGCAUCAGGUGGCUGGUGAUAAGCCUUUUGGAGGACGAACAGCUUGAGGUCCGUGAAAUGGCUGCUACCACUUUAAGUGGUCUAUUACAGUGUAACUUCCUUACCAUGGACAGUCCUAUGCAGGUUCAUUUUGAGCAACUUUGCAAAACAAAACUACCUAAGAAAAGAAAGCGAGAUCCUGGUUCAGUAGGAGAUACCAUUCCUUCUGCAGAGUUGGUGAAACGCCAUGCUGGGGUGCUAGGACUUGGUGCAUGUGUCCUUUCUAGCCCUUAUGAUGUUCCCACCUGGAUGCCCCAGCUCCUUAUGAAUCUGAGUGCACAUUUGAAUGAUCCUCAGCCUAUUGAGAUGACUGUAAAAAAGACCUUAUCCAAUUUCCGAAGGACACACCAUGACAACUGGCAGGAACACAAGCAACAAUUCACUGAUGACCAGCUUCUUGUCCUCACUGAUCUCCUUGUGUCACCAUGCUAUUAUGCAUAGAAAGAUGACUAGUCUUCGCUUGGGCUCGUUUCAUCAAAAAUUCCAAAUCCUCAGGUACCAUCUGUGGUGGCUCUGCAGGCUUCCAAACUCUGCCUCUGUUAAGCACGCAUCACUUUGAUGAUUUUGUGUAUCGUCUCAUUAGUCUGCGUUCCACAGGUUCUCAGCUGCCAUUGAUUUCUUAACUUGUCUGGAAUGUUUCCAGAGUAUUGAUCACUUUUUCUUUGAGGCAUCUGACAAAGUCUCAUAGUAGAAAUAAUUACCCAGUAUGAUCAUGUCAUCCAAGACCAAGCAAAGUCUAGGAACUCAUUAAGAAAUAAUUUACUUGGAAUGGAGACUACCCAUCAGUAAUACAGAUCUUACCAUUUCAUUCAUCUCAAAUUAUUUUAAUUCUUCCCAAAUGGCUGUUGGGUUUAGAUGGUAGUAGGGCAGUGGGCAUGAAUCUGAAGCCUUGAGAGCCUUGGGUCUGGAGAGCCAUGAAGAAGAAAGGAAAAGAGAAGAGGAGGGCAAGUCUUGAAACUAAGUGAUGCCUGAUGGAUUGCUCAACCAAGCCACAGAAGUCUGUGUGCCUCCCACAGACUGGAGUUUUUGGUGCUGAAUAGAGCCAGUUAACUGAAAAACCAUGGGUUUGGUGAAUAAGAUUUUUGAUUGAUUGUUAUGUGUGUAUACAACAUGUAAUUUUAAAAAUAAACAACAACAACAAGAAA